AUGGUCGUCUUCUGGCGACAGUCACAGUGGACAGUCUUGAGCUCGCUGCGUGGCCAUGAACCAAGCACUUUCAAUCGCGUCCAGUUGGAUGUUGCCGUCCAAGUUCGACGGUGGUUUGUGAGUCAGAUGAGCCUUGGUGAGUUGUUGACAAGCUGGCUCUGUUGGUGGACAAGUCGUGAAGGUUCUACAGCGAAAGCAAAGUGUGAGGACUUGAAGUCGCAGUUGGAUGCGGCGGAAGAAGUGGCCUGUGAUAAGGAGGUGGCCGUGGUGGCAACGAAAACUUUGCUGGAAGAAUCUGAGAAGACCAUGCAGGAGAUGUCGCAAAAGAUCGACACGGCCGUCGCCGAAGUCUUGGCGUUUGACGAGGUGCUGGCGAUCUUCAAGGACCUCGGAGCGUUCCAAUGUGGUAAGUGA